AUGGCCGCCUCAGUAUUCACUGUCAUAUUCGAGAACACCAUCGAUACGAGCCCCGGGAUCUCGUUUCUCAUAUUAGCCGCCAUUGCCGUUAUUCCUAUACUAAUCGCUAUGAUAAUAGACAUUGUGGACGGACUGGUGUUUGACACAAACAUUAAGAAAAUUCAGUUCAAUAUUGAGUGCAAUAGUAAUAGUAAUAAUAAUAAUGGAGAAAAUUAUGCUAAUUAUGAUAGUAUUAUGAGUCCGCACGGGACUCGCAAUAAACGGCUGUCCACUUACUGUCAAAAUAAAGGCAAACGAGUGGCAAAAGUGAAGUACACUUACUUUGAAUCGCAAACUACAGGUGAUAGCGGUUCUGAAUCGGUGACAACCGAUAAAACAAUGAGCGCCACCGACACCGACAGCUAUUGCAUAACCAUUGACACCACCAAUAUAGUUAUCACAAUCGAACUAGAUAUAGUCGACUCGUCUGAGGAAGUGCUCGCCAUUGAGGCACAGGUAGACAAACGAUUCGAUCCUGAAGGCGAUGUCAAAGAUGUACUCAAAACACAUCUCACACUUCGGGUACAACUCGUACACCAUUUGCGGACUCUCGUGACAAAUACAGGGGAACGUGAGAGUCAGUCGUUUGAGCGCAGGGAACGUAGUGUUCAUUUUAAACUGGGCGGACAGCUCCAGGUGCUCGACCCUAUUAAACGUGAAGUCUGUCAUAGCAUCCCAGCGCAUGAGGUCAACGGUCAGGUCCAGCCGUUUGCCGAACUGGAGGGUCAGUAUGGGUCGGUUGGGGCCCGUUAUGUCGCCGAACCCGAUGGACAGGUACUCCAGUUUCGGCAGUUGGCUGCACACGGCAUCCAAAGUGUGGACCUCAACGGCGAUAAACGGGUCCUCAAUAAUCAGACACUUCAGUCCAAUCCCAUUCCCGUUGGACAGGCUGUUGACGAUCUCGAUGUUGGAUUCCUCGCAAGUAUAGUGAGCUCCUCGACGGACGGGAUGAUAGGGCGCAGGUAUUUCAUGGGCGCGUCCUCGCAGUCGAUGAUCGCGAAGUGUUUGAGACGACCGGCGAGGGAUUCACUGACGAGCGCCCACUCGUCGUCCCGAAUGCCCAUCACUUCGAUGAGGGACAGGCAUCUCAGGUACGGACACAUGUUUAUCAUCCACACCAUAGUCUGGACAUCGAGUGAGCAGUUCUCCAGAUGCAGACACUGUAUGUCUGGACACCUCUUCACGAUAGACCACAACAUGUCUUCAGUCAAGUGGACGGUCGGAGUGGGCGGGCACAUCCAUCUGGUCAUCCAUUUGAGUCAUAUAGUCGACUCGUCUGAGGAAGUGCUCGCCAUUGAGGCACAGGUAGACCAACGACUCGAUCCUGAAGGCGAUGUCAAAGAUGUACUCAAAACACAUCUCACACUUCGGGGGAACGUAAAGGCUAGUCGUUUGAGCGCCGGGAACGUGGUGUCCAUUUGUGAGGGAUUUAAACUGGACGCACAGCUCCAGGUGCUCGACCCUAUUAAACGUGAAGUCUGUCAUAGCAUCCCAGCGCAUGAGGUCAACGGUCAGGUCCAGCCGUUUGCUGAACUUGAGGGUCAGUAUGGGUCGGUUGGGGGCCGUUAUGUCACCGAACCCAAUGGACAGGUACUCGAGCGCCGGCAGUUGGCUACACAUGGCAUCCAAAUUGUGGACCUCAACGGAGAUAAACGGGUCCUCAAUAAUCAGACACUUCAACCCAAUACCGUUCCCAUCGGACAGGCUGUUGACGAUCUCGAUGUUGGACUCCUCGCAGUUUCGUAUAUUUGGGCCCAAAUUGGACAGCGUUUCGGUGAGAGGCGAGCACUGGUAGAGUAUAGUGAGCUUCUUGAGGGACGGGAUGAUAGGGCGCAGGUAUUUCAUGAGCGCGUCGGAGCAGUCGGUGAUCGCGAAGUGUUUGAGGCGACCGGCGAGGGGUUGGCUGACGAGCGCCCACUCGUCGUCCCGAAUGCCCAUCACUUCGAUGAGGGAAAGGCAUCUCAGGUACGGACACAUCUCUAUUAUCCACACCAUUGUCUGGACAUCGAGUGA